UCCUCGACAGCAAGAUGACAUGGAGGUCAAAGCACUCUGUAUCAAACUAUUGAUGACCAUUGUGAUUCUGCUGGGUGUACAGGAUCAGAAAGUUGAUGCAGUUUCUCUUCGUGUUGUUCCAAACAGAUUGCAGUUCUUUGAAUAUGAAGAAGUAACAUUUUACUGUGAAGCAGUCAUUAAUUGUGAAGUUAUGCAUAAAUUCAAAGGGAAAGUAGAAUCAUGUAACAAAACGAAUGAGAGAACACCAACAGGAUCAUCCUGCUCCAUUAAAAUUGUUUUUAGGGAUGACAGUGGAGAGUACUGGUAUGAGACUGAAGGAGGGAAAAGAAGCAAUAUUAUAAGCCUCUCUGUCACUGCUGGUGCUGUGAUCCUGGAAAGUCCUGCUGUUCCUGUAUCGAUGGAAGAAACUGUGACUCUGAGCUGCAGUAUCAAAAUUGCUUCCUCCAACUUCACUGCUGAUUUCUAUAAAGAUGGACAUCUGAUCUAUCAAAGCUCUAAAAGGAACAUGAACAUCUACAGAUUUUCAAACUCAGAUGAAGGACUUUACAAGUGUAGCAUCUCAGGAGCUGGAGAAUCACCAGCGAGCUGGCUGAAAGUCACAGUUGCUCAAAAUGUGAAUUCGACAACUAAUGCAGACAGUCACAAAGAGAUGAGCAAAUCCUCCUCUGCUGCCAUACCUUGGAUCACGGCCACCAUUUUAUUUAUUGCUCUGUUGAUGGUAGCAGUGGGACUGUCUUGCUUUGGCAGAGGUUACUGGGACAGAGAUGAUGAUAUUUUAUAUUCUACAGCCAAUUACUACACGUUAGGCCUGGGUGAAACACAACCCAAAGGUUGCAGAAAGAGAACUGACUGAAGACAUAAUCGCAUUUGACAGAGAAAACAAUGAAAUAUCCCAAAUUUGUCAGCAGUGUUGGAGUUUUCUUAAUUAUUUUUCUUCAUUCCAUCCAUCCACCAUUUGUCUUCCCUUUAUCCUUGUCAAGGUCACGGGGGGGGGCUGGAGGCUAUCCCAGCUACUAUAGGGCAAGAGGCAGGAUGCAUUCUGGACAUUCGACAGU